AAAACAUGUGUUAAAUGUUUGGAUUUAAAUCACAUUUGAUUUUAUAGUGAGAAAUGUCUUCAGAUAUAGAGAUGGACUCCAUUUGUAAGCAAAUGCAAGAGAAGGCUCUGAAUGCGACCAAAUGCUCGCUCGCCAUCAGGUCUUGGGAUCACAAUUAUCUCAACACUUCUCACAAAUUCAAUCAAAUCCUCAAACAUGAAAACAAUGAAUGUCUUGAGAUGCUUUCAUCUCUUAUACAAAAUGAAUACAAAGGGAAGCGAAUCGAGAAAAUGGUUGUCGACGAAGACAAGAGUGAUCUCAUCACUGAACUCAAUGAUAAUAUCUUUGAUAAAAUUGGCAACUAUUUGGAUGAGGCGUUGGGUCUGAAGCAAAAGGAGGCGGACCUCGUGUUGGCCACCGUUGGCGCCGACAAUAAGACAUCUGUCAACUCGUGCACCACUUCUUCAUGGAAUAGGCAUAUAAUUCGUGCCAAAAGAGGAGUCAAUUGUAAACUACUUUCGGCUAAAGUAGUGGAGAGAUCACAGAUGAGGUUCAAAGACAAGAUCGACAACAGUAAUCAUCCAUUCGUUCCCAUAAUCAAAGAGAAGGCCAACUCUAUCAGACCGUUAGCCAUAUUACCCGAAAAGACUGAAUUGGGAUUUGACUCAUAUUCACAUCCAUACGAAGUAGAGAUCGAAAAGUUUGAACCAAAGGAACAUUUCUUGCAAAUAGAAAUACCAGAAUUUCCGAAACCGCUGUCUGAGACACCAUUCAAAUACAUUACAACAAUUGAAGAUUUAAUUGAAUUGUGCAAAGAUCUCAAGACAUGUGAUGUUAUUGCAGUUGAUUUGGAGCAUCACUCGUAUCGAACAUUUCAAGGUUUUACGUGUUUAAUGCAAAUAUCAACCAAAACCUGUGAUUAUGUUAUCGACACAAUUGAGUUGAGAUCUGAACUGAAUUUACUGAACGAAGUUUUCACUUGUGCUUCAAUACUAAAAGUAUUUCAUGGAGCGGAUAUGGAUGUGGUUUGGCUGCAAAGAGAUUUUGGCAUUUAUAUAGUGAACCUCUUCGACACGUUUCACGCGUCAAAAUUGCUUGACUUUUCCCAUCUCUCGCUCUCAUUCUUAUUAAAACAUUACUGUAAUCUUGAGGCCGACAAACAGUUUCAAUUGGCCGACUGGCGGAUCAGACCACUCACUCCCGAGCUGUUGAAAUACGCGCGCGAAGACACCCAUUACUUGAUAUUUAUUUACACUCAAAUGAAGAAUCAAUUGAUUGCCGCCGGAAAUAAUGAAAAAAAUUUAUUGAAAGCAGUGUUUGAAAGGAGUAAAAAUGUUUGCCUUAAAAAAUACGAAAAACCAUUACAUAAUAGCGAGAGCUAUCGUUCGUUGCUUAAGAAAUGCAAAGUUAACUUUAAUUCAAGACAAAUGUUUGCGUUGAAAGAGUUGUACGAUUGGAGGGACAGAAUGGCCCGAAAUGAAGAUGAAAGCACAGGUUAUGUUUUGCCAAAUCAUAUGCUUUUACAUAUGGCUGAAGUUUUGCCGCGGGAACAGCAGGGAAUUCUGGCCUCUUGUAAUCCAGUGCCGCCUUUAGUUAAGCAACAACUCAAUGAAAUUCAUUUAAUAAUAUUGAAGGCAAGGGAUAGACCGAUAACCAAAUCGGAUGAAAAAGUGACCAAACAGUCAAACAUUGAUAGAUUCGCGAAUCGAGUGAUUGAUUUGGACGAACAGAUCGAUUCAAAACACGAUAAAUUUGCCGCAGACUCUGAUAUCAAUACCAAGCCUUUGAUUGAACAGUUUGAAGACAAAGAGUUUUGUGAAUUACAGGAAUCAGCGAAUGAGGAACCGCUCAAAAAAUGUUCACAAUUUAUUGAUUUCUUUAAUAACAAGACUCAACCGAUUAGAUGUAAAACUGUUGAAAACAUUUCGUCGUCUUUUAUAUCACAGUUUGAAAGAUAUAACUUAACGAUUGGACGACAAAACGAUAUUAAACCCGAAGAAAACGGAAAGAUUGCGGACAAAGUGAUGAAGAAAUUAAAGAAAUAAAAUGUACUAAAAAU